CACAAAUGACCUAUAGGUUUCCCAAUUCCUUCUAAGAGACAUACCACAAGACAGGGGAGGAAAUUCAGGAGAAAAAAAAAAAAAAGGAAGAUACCGAGCUGAAAUGUCCUUGUCAUGCAAUCCGUGCGGCAGCUCUCAGACGAGGAAGAGACCUGUCAGAGGGCUCAGAUGUGGGGACAGCGGGACACAGCCCGGAGGAAUGCAGGUGUGGCUGCCAAAAAAAAAAAAAGACUCCCCCAUGAAAUCGGAUUUUCUCUCCUCCCAGUGCUUGCUCAUCCCGCAGGCUGCCCCAGGCGUCUCCUAACCACGGCCCUUCUGCUCUCCCUGCUGCUGGACCCCGCGAUUCUCCUGCUCCGGGAGCACCAGGAUCUUCCCGCCCUGGACCAGAACGCCAGUCUCCAUGUGACGUUUGACCCAAAGACCAUGACACUAAGGUGGGACUGCAGGGAAAACAUCACCUCUGGGGAGUGCCUGAUGACGAUGCACAAGGAGAACUCACGGGUUAAGAAAGGGAUCAAAGGCAAGGAAUGUCGGUGUACCUUCCAAGACCAUUCUCUCCACGGGGGCGUUUCGUUCACGGUUAAAGUAAACAUCGGCCAAAGAUGGAUUUCAGAAACGCUGGUCUACAGCAACCCAGGUGUGGAGGGCACCGCCGCCCAAAACUUCUCCUGUCUUAUCUACAACGCGGAUUUCAUGAACUGCACCUGGGCAAAGGGCCAAGCAGCCCCAAAUGACAUCCAAUAUUUUUUGUAUAUACGAGACUCAAAGAAGAAAAUCGAGAGAGAAUGUCCUCGGUACUUAUCAGACUCGGGAACCCACGUGGGAUGUCACCUCCAAAACAUCUCGGGAUUAAGUUUUUACAGUUACUUCCUGGUUAACGGUACCAGCCAAAAGUCAGGAAUCCAGUUCUUUGACUCGGUUUUGAUGUUAAAGGAAAUAGAGAGAUACAACCCUCCCAACAACAUCACCGUGUACUGCAAUGAAUCCCACUGCUUCAUCCAGUGGGAAAAGCCCAGGACCCGAAAAACACUGUCUGACAGGGAGUUCCAGUACCAGCUGGACAUCCAGAGACAGAGCAAUAUCAGACGCAGUGAAAAUCAACUGAUUGUGGUGUCUGGUGAUUUGGGAAAUAAGUACAACUUUCCGAGCCCGCACCCCAGGGCCACGCACACCCUGAAGAUGAGAACAGCAGACGCCCGGCGCGCUGAAUGGGGAACCUGGAGCCAGCCCGUCCAGUUCGGCUCCGAAGAACUAGAAUCCAGCCUGGUGCAUGUCUACGUGCUGGUGGUCCUGGGGACCCUUGUCUGCGGCCUGAUGCUCGGCUGCCUUUUCAAAAGGUUCCUCGCAAGGCACAGCUUAUUCCCGCCGAUUCCACGGAUCAAAGACAAACUGAACGAGAACCAACACGUAGACCACGAGAGCCUCUGGGAGAAGUUCACACACGACGCAGGGAAGGCUGACAGGGAGGACGUCUUAACGGUGGAAGAAGUGGCCCAAGGCCCCGCCAGCGGGUGAAUUUCAGAUGCCUCCACGCCCCGGAGUUUCCUGGAAAUCAAUUUUCCAUUUUUCUUCAAUGUUUCCAUCGGUUGUUUUUUUUUUUUUAAUGUUCUAUUAAAUGUUUAACUUUUUAAAAAUU